AUCAUUAAUUUUCACGCGUUUUUUUUCCUAUCCUCUUCCAUAAAUAUAAAUCUGCAUUUGGCAUCUAAAAAUCUCUCUCACCAAAAUUUUCCCUUUUGCCACUUUCUCUCCCUUCAAAAUUAAACCGACCAGGCUUUGAACAGUAGAACAAAAAUGAACAAAUUUGCUUAUUGUCAAAAUGGCUUCGUUAGUUUCAGAGAGAUUGAUGUCUCUAAAGGCGUAGUUUGUCCCAAGCCUCGAGAGAGUGUGGCUAAUCAACGGUUCAACACAAAUGCUACAUUUCUGCAAAUCAAUCAAGAAGUGGAGUUUUGUGAUUUGAAAGCUGAAACUGACAUUCUGGAUUUGAUACUCACCGAGGGGAGGUAUGAUGUUGAGUAUUCAAAUUCCAAUCCAUUUUUCUGCGGGUCUCCGCCUACCAGGGCUUCAAAUCCCCUAAUUCAAGAUGCUAACUUUGGCAACGACAGCUUUAUACCUAUACAACCAUUUCCAGAAUCAGCACUACCCUUUUCCACCUCCAGUCGUGUGACCGGAGGUGGUUGUGUUCCCAUGAAGUUUGGGAACAAUUCAGCUCCUGUGAGGAUUGAAGGUUUCAAUUGCCGUGGCACUUGCAGCAUCCCUGCCGUUUCAUAGGCAUAUGUACUAACUUAUCACUUACUAACUACACACGAAAAAGAAGGGAAUUUUGGGCAGAGUGAAAGAAAUCAAGUCGAAUUUCGUUUAGCUGUGUAUAUAUAAAUAUAGAGAGAGUGAUAAAAAGAGGGUGGUUAAAGUCCUCUUUGCUGAUCUGGUGAUGAUUGAUGAAUUUUGUUCUGAAAGCAUUCAAAUACCUAUAACGUGUAUAUUGUAAUGAGGUGGUGAAUGAGUAUCAAAUUGAGAAUAGGAAACCAAUAACUUGUAAACUUGAGCGCCAGAGGCUAAAAGAUGGAGUCUCUUGGAUUCUUCAGAAUUAGGCUAAUAUAUGUUAUAUAGUAUAGUGUGAAAGACUCAAUAUUUUGAUUAAGAAUAAAAUAAUAUUUACCACUCCAGCACAACCCCGGUUGGUUAUACUGUCAACCUUUGAUCAUGAGUUAUGUAAUUAUUGAAGGAUUUUUACAUUAUAUAUACAACUAUCAUAUACUCAAUUAUUGAUGUUAAA